CAACGAACCACUGUUGAAAGCCUGGUUGUACGACGUCCAGACCCAGAGCCAAUGUAUAGAGCUACCCCGUCUACGCCGGAAAACGCGCCGGGUAGUAAGGGCACAGUCAGAGCUUACAAAUCUUAGGAAUCUCGACUCUGCGCCCGUAAGCAACUGCAAUGGACCGAGUCGGUAGGUUGCCUUGUCGCGAUACUGAGCAGGUCGGCGUAUAGCUGCAUUGUAUAUAACUGCCUUCAACAAUGUGUCUUUCGAUCUAAUCUCUGGCGCCAAUCCGCUUGACGACUCGCUCACCCGCUCGCACCGACCGCCAUGUCAUCGCAGUCCACCCCCAAGCUCUUCCAGCCCAUCAAGGUUGGCAACCUUACGCUCUCGCACCGUAUCGCCAUGGCGCCCAUGACGCGGAUGCGCUGCACGGACGACCACGUCCCGCUGCCCAUCGUUAAGGAGUACUACGCGCAGCGAGCCCAAACUCCUGGGACACUGCUCAUUUCCGAGGUCGCGCAGAUCUCGCCCGCGGGCGGAGGUAUGGCAAACACGCCUGGAAUCCAUAACGAGGAGCAGAUCAAGGCAUGGAGAGAGAUCGCCGACACCGUCCACGCCCGCGGCAGCUACAUCUUCAUGCAGCUCUGGGGCACCGGCGCAGGCGGCGUACCCGAGACCCUCAAGGCCGAAGGCAACCCCUACGUCGCCGCGUCCGCCAUCAAGCGUCCCGACAAGGACGAGACUCCGCGCCCGCUGACAAAGGAGGAGAUCAAGCAAUAUAUCGAGUGGUUCGGACAGGCCGCGAAGAACGCUAUCGAGGCGGGCAUCGACGGCGUGGAGGUGCAUGGCGCGCAUGGGUAUCUGGUGGAUGAGUUCCUUCAAGACGUCUCCAACAAUCGCACAGACGAAUACGGCGGCAGCAUUGAGAACCGGGCACGGUUCGGGCUCGAGGUCAUCGACUCCAUAGUCAACGCCGUCGGCGCGGAACGCACCGCCAUCCGCCUCAGCCCCUGGAGUGAGCUCGUCGGCAUGGGCAUGAAAGACCCCGUCCCCCAAUUCUCCUACUUCGUCGAGCAGCUCAAAGCCCGCCACCCCGCCCUCGCCUACAUCCACGUCGUCGAGGCGCGCGUCAAGGGCUACAUGACUGUCCCGCCCGAAGAGUACGACCCGCGCAAGUCGAACGACUUCAUCAGGAAAAUCUGGGCACCGCGCCCGAUCAUCAGCUGCGGGGCGUACUCCCGGCCGCUUGCGCUCGAGAUCGCGGAGGCGAAGGGUGAUAUCAUUGGGGUUGGGCGGCCUUGGAUAUCGAAUCCCGAUCUUGUCGAGCGAUGGAAGAACGACUGGCAGCUGUCGCCAUACAAGCGGGAAUUCUUCUACUCUCCUGGCGCAGGGGUUGAGGGAUACCUCGACUACGAUCUUGUUACCGAAGAGCAGAAGGUCAAGGCCUCCGCUCGGCCGUAAAAUUCACCUUGAUCUAUCUAUAGAUCGCUUCGCUUCCAAGGAGUAUCUUCGCAACCGACCCUACUUUCUCUCCGC